AUGAUAGAUAAUCAAACUUUGUAAAGUAUACUCAAUUAUUAGAAUAUAACAGAAGGAUAUUCAUAUGGAGAACUAAGUUAGUUAAAGAAUUUUAAGACGGUAUUAUCCAAUAAUAAGAUUUAUUUUGGGCAAGUAUUCAAUUCAAAAAAACAUGGAAAGGGUGUGUUGUGGUCUAAAUCAGGACAUAUUUAUGAGGGAGAAUUUAAUAAUAAUCGAAAACAUGGAUUUGGGAUGGAAUUAUUCUAAUAAAAAUCUAGUUAUUGUGGAAGUUAUUUAAAUGGUAGGCCGGAAGGCUUAGGAAAAUUUAUUUGGGGAAAUGGAGAAUCUUAUGAUGGAGAAUGGUUGAAUGGAUAUAAACAUGGUUAUGGAACAUGGAUAGGAUUAAAGGGAGAUAGUUAUAGUGGAUAAUGGGCAUAUGAUAAGCCUCAUGGUUAAGGAAUUCAUAAAUGGAUUAAUGGAGAACAAUAUCAAGGUGAGUUUAAGGAAUGUUUGAAACAUGGUUUUGGUGAAGAAAUAUUUUCAAAUGGGGAUAGAUAUAUUGGGAUGUAUUAAAAUGGAACUCCAGAAGGAGAGGGAGAAUACUUCUAUUCAAGUGGAGCAUAUUUUCAUGGUUAAUUUUUGAAUGGAUUUAAAUCAGGUUAUGGUGAAUAUAGAUGCGCUAAUUAUUCUUAUAAGGGUUAUUAUUAAAAUGAUAAAAAGAAUGGAGAAGGGGAAUUGAUAUAUGCAGAUGGUAGUAGAAGAAAAGGAAAAUUUUAUAAUGAUUUAUUUGAGAAUAAUGAAACAACUAAGCUCACUAUUAAUACAUAACCAGAAAAUAGUCCAUAAAAUUUAUACAAUAUUACCAAUUCUAAAACUCCCUUUUAUUUAUCUUAGACUAAACCAAUUUAAAAAGAAUUAAAUUCCUCUUCUAUCAAUAAAACAGUUAAUAUAACUAGAAAUAUUUAAGAAUCUAAAUUCUAAAAAUAACUCAAUCUAUUACCUAUUAUGAAUAAUAAAUUGAGAAGCAAUUCAACUAGAUAAUCAAAUUAAGAUAGUGAUAAAAUCCUUUAUAUUAAUUAAUAUAAAAACAACCAAUCAGUAAACAGUAAACAAAAUUCUCGUAAGACAUCUGUAGUUACUUAACCAAUAGCAAUUACUUAGACUAUUUAUAGAAGCAAGAAUUAAUAGGAUUUCUCUUAAAAGUUAGAAAGCACAAUAAGAAAAUUUCAUUACAAAACAGAAUUAAAAGGAACAAAGAAUUAGAAUCAUAGAAGUGUAUCGUCAUCAAAACAAAAAUGA